AUGAAGACUUUUGCUUUCAAAAUAAUUUCCUUAAAGUUUGUAGAAGUAACAGUUUGCUCUAGAGGAGACCUUUUCGCAGGUAGGAACAUUGUAUACAACGAUGAGACUUGCAUUCACAGCUCUCAUACAGUGCCAAAGUCCUGGGACGAUGAGAUAAAUACCUCUCUGCAAGCACCACUGGUCAAGGGAAAACGAGUACGCUACUGAUUCCAUACCACACCACCGAGAACGAUUAUAAGCCAGUUAUAUUAGCUCUAAGCACGUCAUUGAUCACAUAAAUGGUAGGGAAACAGCGUUUCAAACGGGAAUCAAAUUAAAUGAAUAUCAUUCUCAAUGUGCCCUUAAAGAAUACGCGUUCUGUAAUUGAUUUAUGUUGUAUCACCA